AUGGCUUUGGCACAGUCUGACACUGACGGACAUUUACGUCACAAAGUGGGCAAAUCCAGCCAAGUGGAGAUGUCUUUACUUCUGCUCCUGGCAGCCGUUUUGGUCUUCAGCAUCUUCUUAUAUCAGAGGUUUGUCCGUGACAGGGACAGAGUGGCUGAGGAGGAUCUCGAAAGAAUCAAGACAACCGACAAGUGCUUGAAAGCGAUCCUGAAGAAUUUCAGCAUCCAGAAACUGGAGGAGAACAAAUUCCGCGGCAUCACCAAGAAGCUGCAGACCGCAUCUAUGGAGUUCAAAAGCAUCUCGUGCAGUGUUUUGGCCGGCAGCGAGCAGAGACCAAUCCUUGACGAGAUCACAGGCACCUUCGAGGCUUACCACCUCUCGGCCAUCAUGGGUCCCUCUGGCUGUGGCAAGAGCACCCUUCUUGAUGUUCUGACCGGGAAGAAGAAGACAGACUCCAAAUGGACCGUCAAAGGCGACAUCCUGAUAAACAGCCAGAAGAUCGACAUUGAGACGAUCAAGCCGAUCAUCGGCUUCGUCCCACAGGACGAUGUGGUCCAUGAAGGGCUGACUGUCCGUGAGAACAUCUUCUUCUCCGCAGCGAAGCGCAUGCCGGCUCACACCUCCGGUUCGAGGCUCCGGGCGAUCACGAAUGAUGUUCUGCAGGUGCUGCAGCUCGAGCCAAAGCAGAACUUGCUGGUCGGCAACCGAACUCGAACUGGAGAGGGCUUGAGUGGCGGCCAGAAGAAGCGUGUCAACGUGGGCAUCGAGCUGGCUGCUUGCCCGACGAUUCUGUUCUUGGACGAGCCCACCUCCGGCCUGGAUGCGACAGCUUCCUUGUUGCUUGUCCAGCAGCUCAAGAGGAUGGCAAGACUUGGUGUGACCAUCGUCAUGGUGAUCCAUCAGCCGCGCUAUGACCUUUUCACCUUGCUUGAUGACGUCUUACUGCUGGGAACUCUCGAAAAAAUGGGCGGUCGCCUUGCCUACAUGGGGCCGACCGUGCAGGCAAAGGAGCACUUCCAAGCCUUAGGUCUAGACAUGCCGGCGAAUUGGAAUCCAGCAGACUGGAUGAUGGAUAUACUUAGCGGCCAGAAUUUGGACCAGAGCAACUGCAGGAUUCCAAUGUCAGACAUACCUGCUGCGCUUUUCCGGAGGUGGAACGAAUUGCCCGCGCCGCAAGGAAAAACCAUCUUUCGUCGAGGAAUGAGUGCCUACGACAAGGCCGACAACGACGAAGAGUUCCAAAUGAUUCACCAACACUGCAAGGAUGCUUGGAGUGCAGUUGCGCCUCCACAUGUUCGACUUGAAGCAGACGGAUUUGCGCAGGUCCUCAAAAGUUGCCUGGGGGCGAUCCCAGAACCUGACAUUGUGAGCGAUAUCAUGAAGCGAGCAUCUUUGUACGAGACCCGGCACAACAGCAGCCUCUACCUGCACGACGCAUCUUCCGGGCAACAACCGUACAUAACCAUGCGAGCCUUCAGCAACUACUUGGUUUCCUUCAGAGGCCUUACUUUGAAGGAUGACGCGCGAAGAAGAGGACCGGCUGACACCACCGACACAGGCGACUCGUCCAGCUCAGGGAGUGAGGAUUCUGAGGACGAGGAGCGGUGCGGCAUCUGCCCUGGGUUUCUUCGAGACAAGUCGAAGCCACUCCUGGCUGAUGGGCUUCUGCGGACCCAGCCUGGGUUCUGCGGCCACUUGAGACGCACGAUGCAAACGUCUUUGUUGUCUUUCUGGCGAACCAUGGGCAUCAAAAUGCUAUUCCUGGUGGUUAUGAUAUUUGCCGCCGGAUUUUUAGGCGUAAUGGAUGUCCUGGUGUUCAAGACCCCGAGAUGGAGUCCAACUGGCUUCCUGAAUGUACAGAUUGCCUUGGCGCCGGGCGCCCACGGAACAGACUACAGAAAUUGUGCUGAAAUGCCCUUCAACGGGACAGUGGACGAGGAGGAGUUUUGCGAGCUGCCUCCCCUGCUGACCGGUCGCGAAGUGCAAGCAUUCCUUGAGCCCUUCGGGUUCUUGGCCAACACUCCGCUAGACUGGCAGAAGGGUCCACUUCCCGAGCUGCAGAUCAUCAUCGCCGGUCAUAACUCUUCUGGACGGCAUCUCUUCUACAAUGUCGAAUGCACCCUUUGGCGGGCAAGUCAUGCAGGUGCAGGUUAUGCACACAAGAAGGAGGACGCCGCUUUGCCCGCCCAACCAUGGUUGGCCUGGCGGGCAUCGAGACGGCUAGCCCACCUACGACAAGGGCUCCAUGACCUAGUGAAAAGUCAUCUUGGCAGCAGCUACAAGACCUACUUUUGCCACGACUCCGAGUUGCCAGGCGUGGAUUUCUUUGACCUUUCGAUCUCAGAAAACACAGAGAUCCCGGAGGAGGGCGCCGAGCGGUGGAAGCACAAGUACCCGCCAGAGGGCGGCUGGACCAAAACCUGCAACUGCCACUGCCCGGCCUCGAGGAUGACAGCGACAGCUGCGACAGCGGACGGUGAGAGUGACCAAGAGCGGAGCGCCGAUCCAAGAUCAGAGGAGGCUAAGAACUUCGAAUCCGAGACGUGA